AUGCCGCAGAUCGUGGAGAAGCUGAGGGAGGUGCUGAAGUCGGGGCGGCGGGAGGCGGGCGACGAUGGGGAGCUGGGCCGGCUGCUGGCCGCCUCGGCCAAGAAGGUGCUGCUGCAGAAGAUCGAGUUCGAGCCCGCCAGCCGCGGCUUCUCCGGCCAGCUGGAGCUGCUGCGGGGGAAGUACGUGCUGCUCAACCCCCGGGCCGGGACCGAGACCGCCAGCCGCCACAGCGGCCUCGAGGAGAGACAGCGCGGCAAGCAGGGUGGCGACCAUGCUGGCGUGGAGGAUGGGAUCCCCACGCCCCAGAAGGUGCUCUUCCCCGCGGAGCGCCUCUCCAUGAAGUGGGAGCGGAUCUACCGCGUCGGUGCCGGGCUGCACAACCUAGGGAACACCUGCUUCCUCAACUCCACAGUGCAGUGCCUGACCUACACGCCGCCGCUUGCCAACUACCUGCUCUCCAAGGAGCACAGCCGCACCUGUCAACAAGGAGGCUUUUGCAUGAUGUGCAUUAUGCAGAACCACACCAUCCAGGCUUUUGCCAACAGCGGCAAUGCAAUAAAGCCAGUGUCCUUCAUCCGAGACCUCAAGAAGAUUGCCCAGCACAUCCGCUUCGGGAGACAGGAGGAUGCACAUGAGUUCCUGCGUUACACCAUUGAUGCCAUGCAGAAGGCCUGCUUGAAUGGCUGUACCAAGUUGGAUCGCCAGACCCAGGCCACGACGCUGAUUCACCAGAUCUUUGGCGGUUACCUGCGGUCCCGUGUGAAGUGCUCGGUGUGCAAGGGCGUCUCGGACACCUAUGAUCCUUACCUGGACCUGGCACUGGAGAUUGGGCAAGCCGCAAACAUAGUGCGGGCACUGGAGCUGUUUGUGAAGCCAGACAUGCUGGGGGGUGAGAACGCCUACAUGUGUGCCAAAUGCAAGAAGAAAGUGUCGGCCAGCAAACGCUUCACCAUUCACCGAGUCUCCAAUGUUCUCACGCUCUCACUGAAGCGCUUUGCUGACUUCGGUGGAGGCAAAAUCACAAAGGACGUGGGGUACCCUGAGUUCUUGAACAUCCGCCCUUACAUGUCUCAGAACAACGGGGAUCCUGUCAUGUACGAACUCUAUGCAGUGCUGGUGCACUCUGGCUACAGCUGCCACGCAGGGCAUUAUUACUGCUAUGUGAAGGCCAGUAAUGGGCAGUGGUAUCAAAUGAACGAUGAUGUGGUCCGCUGCAGCAAUAUCAAAGUGGUCCUCAACCAGCAGGCCUACGUGCUGUUCUACCUGAGAAUCCCCAGCCCCAGGAAGAGCUCAGAGGGGACCAUUGCCAGAGCUGCCUCCAGCCUGUCUGGCCGCACUUGCAGCAUUGUCUCUGAUCACGUCAAGAAAACUGUGAACUUCAGGUCCCUGUCUUCACCGCCAACGGGCCGGAGACCAGACAUGCUGCCGGGGAAGAAGCUGCUGGGGAAGAAGCUGCCAGAGCCAGAGGAGGUCGGAGUCCCUGUGGCCCGCAGCAUGGUCGGGACGGGGCCGAAGCUGUCGAAUGGAACCACUCCGCCGAAACUGUCUGCUGGGUUCCCAUCACCCAAACUGCCUCUCAGAGCCACCCACUCAGUCACAGCACUGCCCAAGGAGGCAGCCCGGAAGCCCAAGAAGCCACUCUCCUUCCCGCAGCUGCCUCCCGUGCCCAGAGCAGGUCAGGGCUUCUGCAACACCAGCAAUGCAAGUGGGGCCAAAGCGGGGCUGUCCCAGCAGAGCUCCUGGGAGAGCGAGCAGCCACCUACCUCAUCCAAGCUGCUGCUGGAGCCCACCUCCAGUCAGGAGCCCGGGGGCAGUGAAGAGAACACCAGGACCCUGGAGAAGGACUCCUGUGGCAGCAGUGCUGACAGCCCAGUGCAUGGCACACCGGGAAAGCUGGCCAAAGCGUCCCAGAAGGCCAAGAGCAAAACCAGCAGCUUCUGUACCUCUCAGGAAACGGACUGUGGCACGGACCUCCCUGCUGGCCCUGGCACCGAGCUGGCUGCCUCCAAAGACUCCAAGUUGGCAAAACCUAAAUCCUCCCUGUUGGCCAACGCUGCUCUGGAGCCAGGCAGCACUGUGUCACCACCACCAGCCAAGAAGCUGGCACUCUCUGCCAAAAAGGGCAGCACCCCGCGGAAGGCGAGCGGAAGUGACCGCCACACACAACCUCACCCACAGUUUGCUGACCGCACCUGCCCCACGAACACCACCCACUCUGAGUCCACUCCCCAGCCUUUCAGCAAGUCAAGCAGGGAGAAGGGCACCCCUGGUUCCUCCAAAAAGAAGCAGCAAAAGCAGCAUCGUGGAGCAGUCGGCAGCUCUCGUGCUCUAGCUGUGAAGGGCAAGGAUGAAGUCUCCAACCCCCCCACGAAGGAGAAGAAACUCAUUCAGGAGGGCUUGGCAUCCCUCGUGGGGAAGGAGGCGGCAGGCAAGAGUCCCAGCAGUGGCCAGGAGGGGCUGGGCUCUUGGAACCUGGAGAGCCGGCCCAAGCCACAGGUGUCAGACCCCAGUGCUUCCCUGGACAAGGAAUCCAUCUACCUCUGCAAGAAGAAGAAAAAGAAGAAGAGGAGGAGAAUGGAGGAGACAGAAGAGCACUGCCCUGGGAUGCUGUCCUCGGACAGCUCUAGGAGGGCUGAGACGGAGCCCUCGAGGAAAAAGCAGCGGUGGAGUGUGGAGGCUGGUGCUGGAGAGAGCGAGCACCGCAAGCGCAAGUGGAGGGAAAGCCUCAGCAGCCCAGCCUUGGAGCAGCCAGCUGCCAACAGUGUCUAUGCCACAAAUGGCACCCCAGUGGCAGCGUCCAGCCAGGCUGGAGAAGAGUACAGGCAUUGCCUGGCUCCCCUAAGCCCUGAGACCGGCCAUGGGACUGGCAUAGCACCUGGGAGCCAGAAGGAGUCCAACGUGGUGGAGGAGCUGCUUGGGAACUCCUUGGACAAGGCUUAUGGCAAACAAGUCUUGACCUGGGAAGGCAAGAUCUCAGCUGUCAGCCAGGAUGCCAUUCAAGACGCAGUGUGGGCCCGGAGCGAGACUGUCAUCGAUGAGUGGGACGAGGAUUUUGACAGAGGGAAGGUAAAGAAGAUUAAACUGAAGCAGGAACGGAGGAGACGCUUCAAUUCCUUCCAGGAGCUGCAGAGCAAGCGCAACUUCUGGUCGGUGACUCACCCUGCCAAGGUGGCUGGCCUGAGCCACCGGCUCUGAGGUUGCAAUCUGUGUCCCCCAGCCGGCGAACGGAGCAGUCGGGUCAAGGACCAGUUGGGGAGUGCUGUCCUGGGAGCUGCUGGUGGACCCUGCUGCAGAGGGAAGGGGACACCAGUCCCGCAUGUCUCCGGGGCCCCAGCCCUAGGGUCAUGCUGUGCUUGGUGUCCCCUGCCUUCCCCUUCUCAGAGCUGCUGCCCCUGCAGGUCCCAGGGUCCUUGUGGGCCUGGGCUGUUUCCCUCUGCCCUCCAGCUGAGGAGGAGCCUGUCCAGCUCCAACCUGCCUUGUCCAGGCUCCUCUGUGCCUCUGCCUGGGGCUGGAAC